AUGGAUAAUUGUGACGGUGCGUUGGUGUCUACCUUACCUUCAUCAGCCUUUACCAGUUCUUCUGAGUUCCUCAGUACUCACAGUCCCAGCUUUGCGAAGCUCAACAGGCGAGAUGGAGCUGGAGGCUGGUCCCCUCUGGACUCCAACAAGCAGCAGUGGCUCCAGGUUGAUCUUGGAGACAGAGUGGAGAUUGUUGGGGUCGCUACCCAGGGCAGGUAUGGGAGCUCUGACUGGGUAACCAGCUACACACUGAUGUUCAGUGACACCGGUCGCAACUGGAAGCAGUACAGAAAAGAUGACACUGUUUGGGUUUUCACAGGAAACAGCAAUGCUGACAGUGUGGUUCACCACAAACUCCUGUACUCCAUGAAAGCUCGCUUCUUGCGCUUCAUCCCUCUGAAGUGGAAUUUUGGUGGUCACAUAGGGCUGAGAGUGGAGGUCUUCGGCUGCUCUUAUAAGUCAGAUAUUGCAGACUUCGAUGGCAGAAGUUCCCUCCUCUACAGGUUCAAUCAGAAGCUUAUGAGCACGUUCAAAGAUGUGGUUUCCUUAAAGUUCAAGAGCAUGCAGGAGGAUGGAGUCUUAUUCCAUGGAGAAGGACAACGAGGAGACUAUAUUACCCUGGAACUACAGAAGGGGAAGCUGUCCUUGCACAUCAACCUGGGGGAUUCCAACCUGCACUUCACUAACAGCCACACAUCCAUCACCCUGGGCAGCCUCCUGGAUGACCAACACUGGCACUCAGUUCUCAUAGAGCGCUUCAACAAGCAGGUGAACUUCACAGUGGACAAGCAUACUCAGCAUUUUCGAACGAAGGGGGACUCGGAUCACUUAGAUAUUGAUUACGAGCUCAGCUUUGGAGGCAUUCCUGUCCCAGGGAAACCAGGAACCUUUCAGAGGAAAAACUUCCAUGGCUGCAUUGAGAACCUCUAUUACAAUGGAGUCAAUAUAAUUGACCUGGCAAAAAGGCGCAAACCUCAGAUCUAUACUGUGGGAAAUGUGACCUUUUCCUGCUCAGAACCACAAAUUGUUCCCAUCACCUUUGUCAACUCCAGUAGAAGCUACUUGUUACUGCCUGGAACUCCUCAAAUUGAUGGGUUGUCAGUCAGUUUUCAGUUUCGAACGUGGAAUAAAGAUGGCUUACUCCUGUCCACCGAAUUGUCUGAAAAUUCAGGAUCUCUUUUGGUUUAUCUCCAUGGUGGGAGAUUGACACUUCUUAUUCAGAAAAUGGCAGAAGACCCAGUGGAAAUCAGUGAAGGCACCAAUCUCCAUGAUGGGCUUUGGCAUUCACUUAGCAUCAACGCUAGAAGACAUCGCAUUACCCUGACACUGGAUAACAAUGCUGCCACUGCUAACCAUGCAACCACUGUCUCAAGAAUUUACUCAGGCAACAGCUACUAUUUUGGAGGGUGCCCUGACAACUUCACUGAUUCCCAAUGUUUAAAUCCCAUUACUGCUUUUCAAGGCUGUAUGAGGCUCAUCUUUAUUGAUAACCAGCCCAAGGACCUCAUUUUAGUUCAGCAAGGCUUCCUGGGGAAUUUUAGUGAUUUACACAUUGAUCUGUGUGACAUCAAAGACAGAUGUUUGCCUAACUACUGUGAACAUGGAGGAAAAUGUUCUCAGUCCUGGACCACCUUUUACUGCGACUGUAAUGACACGAGUUAUAUGGGGGCAACCUGUCAUAACUCCAUCUAUGAACAAUCAUGUGAGGCUUACCGGCACCAAGGGAAGACGUCAGAUUUCUUCUACAUUGACUCUGAUGGAAGUGGACCACUUGGACCGCUUCGGGUUUUUUGCAAUAUAACAGAAGACAAGAUCUGGACUGCAGUGCAGCACAACAACACAGGGCUAACCAGAGUUCAAGGAGCUGGUCCAGAGAAGCCCUACACCAUGUCCUUUAACUACAACAGCAGCUCAGAGCAGCUUGAAGCUGUGAUAAACAGUGCGGAGUACUGCGAACAGGAGGCAGCCUACCACUGCAAAAAGUCACGUCUCCUCAACACCCCGAAUGGAAUACCAUUUGCUUGGUGGGUUGGACGUGCCAAUGAAAAGCAUCUUUACUGGGGAGGAUCACUUCCGGGCAUUCAGCAGUGUGCAUGCGGACUCGAAGAAAGUUGUCUGGAUAUGAGAUAUUUUUGCAACUGUGACGCAGAUAGAGAAGAAUGGACAAAUGAUACCGGCCUCCUUGCUUUCAAAGACCAUUUGCCCGUAACUCAGAUAGUGAUCACUGACACAAACAGAUCAAAUUCUGAAGCUGCUUGGAAAAUCGGUCCUUUGCGUUGCUAUGGAGACAGGCAGUUCUGGAACGCUGCUUCCUUCAACACAGAGGCUUCCUACCUGCACUUCCCAACCUUCCAUGCUGAGGUCAGUGCAGACAUCUCCUUCUUCUUCAAAACUACGUCUCUCUCUGGAGUAUUCUUGGAAAACCUUGGGAUGAAAGACUUCAUACGAAUUGAAAUAACAUCCCCCAAAGAGAUCACCUUCUCCAUAGAUGUUGGAAAUGGCCCUGCAGAAGCAACCGUGCAGUCUCCCACACCCCUGAAUGACAAUCAGUGGCACUAUGUCCGAGCAGAGCGGAACCUCAAGCAAACCAGUCUCCAGGUGGACAACCUCCCUGAGAAGGUCCUGGAGGCACCUGCAGAGGGGCACUUUCGGUUGCAGCUCAACAGCCAAUUAUUUGUAGGAGGAACAGCUUCCAGACAAAAGGGCUUUUUGGGAUGCAUUCGAUCUCUGCACUUAAAUGGACAGAAACUUGACCUUGAAGAAAGAGCUAAAAUGACUCCUGGUGUUAAACCUGGAUGUCCGGGGCACUGCAGUAGUUAUGGUAAUCUAUGCCAUAAUGGAGGAAAAUGCGUGGAGAAGUACAAUGGGUAUUCUUGUGAUUGCACCAGCUCAGCCUACGAAGGGCCCUUCUGCAAAGAAGAGGUUUCUGCUUUAUUUGAAGCUGGCACUUCUGUUACCUAUAUUUUCCAAGAACCUUAUCCUGUCACAAAAAACGCAAGCACUUCAAGUUCUGCCAUUUAUGCGGAUGCCAUCAUGUCCAAGGAAAAUAUCGCAUUUAGCUUUCUUACGGCACAUGCUCCAAGCCUUCUGCUCUACGUCAACACCUACUUUCAUGAAUAUUUGGCUGUGAUUCUCUCCAAGAAUGGAAGUUUACAGGUUCGAUACAAGUUGAGUAAGGAUGGACUGCUCAUCUUCACAAUUGACUCUGGAAAUUUUGCCAACCGAGAGAUGCAUCAUGUGAAGAUAAACAGAGAAGGCAGAGAGCUCAUCAUUCAGGUUGAUCAAGUUAUCAAACUCAAACACAACUUUUCUGAGAUUGAUUUUAAGGCCAUCAAAUCUCUUACUUUGGGCAAGGUCACAGACAGUUUAACACUGGACCCUGAAGUCUCAAAAGCAAAUGCCUACGGUUUCACUGGCUGCAUGUCUUCGGUUUGGUAUAACCACAUCGCUCCCCUGAAAGCUGCCUUACGCCAUCCCAGCAUUGCUCCCGUGACCGUCAAGGGUUCCUUGACCGAAUCCAGCUGCUCAUCCCUAACGGAAGCAGAUGUGAACACAGCAACCACCAUAUAUUCCUCUUCAGAUCCAUUUGGGAAGACAGACGAAAGAGAGCCUCUCACCAAUGCGGUCAGAAGUGAUUCUGCUGUGAUUGGAGGUGUAAUAGCAGUUGUGAUAUUCAUCAUCUUUUGCAUCAUCGCCAUCAUGAGCAGAUUCCUCUAUCAGCACAAACAGGCACAUCGAAGUAGCCAAACAAAGGAGAAGGAAUACCCAGAAAAUCUUGAGAGCUCUUUUAAAGCUGACAUUGACUUGCAGAACACAGUGAGCGAGUGCAAACGAGAAUAUUUUAUUUGA